AUGGAGAAAGUGUUGAAUGGAGCAGAAAAAUUCUCUGAAUCAUGCAAUAUGCUGAAGAUGGUUCUUGCAUUGGCGUUGUAUCUUGGAACAAUUCAUUUCAACCUUGCGUUGAUAUUCUUCGCCACUUUCUUUCUUCCUCUCUCUAAAGCACUCUUGGUGUUUGGUUUGCUCUUGGUGUUAGUGAUGAUUCCUGUGGACGAGAAGAGCAUGUUUGGCAGAAAAUUGUCAAAAUACAUAUGCAGACAUAUUUGUUCCUAUUUUCCUAUAACUCUUCACAUAGAAGAAGUAGAAGCCUUUCGUCCCAAUCAAGCAUAUGUUUUUGGUUAUGAACCACAUUCAGUAUGCCCAAUUGGCCUUGUUGCACUUGCUGAUGGCACUGGUUUCAUGCCUCUUGCAAAAACAAAAUUUCUUGCUAGCACCGCGGCAUCUUACAUACCGUUUUUGAGACAUAUAUGGACAUGGUUGGGUCAUACUUCAGUGGCAAAGAAAAACUUCAUUUCCUCAUUGGCUGCUGGCUAUAGUUGCGUUGUGGUACCUGGUGGAAUACGAGAAACACUUCUUAUGGAGCCUGUAUACAAUAAUGUUUUUCUUAAAGAAAGAAGAGGAUUUGUCCGCAUAGCGUUGGAGAUGGGCCUUCCCCUUGUUCCUGUUUUCUGCUUCGGCCAGUCAAACACCUAUAAGUGGUGGAAAGCUCGAGGGAAGCUAAUUCAAAAUCUUGCGAGGAUUAUGAAGAUCAUGCCAUUGUUUUCAUGGGGAGUGUAUGGAUCUCUUAUACCAUUCAAAGUUCCUUUGUAUGUCGUGGUGGGUAGACGCAUAGAGGUUGAGAAAAUUCCAGAACCGACAAUGGAGCAGGUUGCUAAAGUACACAACCAAUUUGUUGAAGAACUUCAAGGUCUUUUCAAUCGACACAAAGCUCAAGCUACGUAUACCAACCUUGAGUUAAAAAUUAUUUGA